AUGACAAUAACUCCGUCGCCAACCGAUAACCGUAGAGCCCGUAGCAAAACCCCUGAGCACUGGAGAAGAGCGCAGUCAAAACUCGUGUCGCUUAAAGAGAUCAUUGCUCGCAAUGAACGUGUUCAAAAUCGUGGCUCAGAUAGGAAUCGGUUUGAAAGGGAGAAUCCUUUUCGCCAGAGACAAUUUAAUCGUAACCGAGAUUAUGAUAGUCGAGACUAUGAAAGAGAAGAUUCAGAGAAUGAGAACUCAUUUUAUCGUAACUCUACGGAUAGGAAGAGAGUCUUUACUGAAGAGCCACCCAUUCGUCGCCGGAGACGAAGUCCUUCUCCGAGAGAACACCGAAAUCGAAAUAACGACGAGUUUUAUGCCGAAAGUGAUUCCGGCUCUGAAAAGCAUACCGAAAAUGGCAGACAUUUGAUUAAAUCUACGGUUAAAGUGAAUGAAGACAUCCAUCGAAAUCAAAGAGAGAGACAGAAUUCAGAAGAAGCUUACGAUAGGAGUCGACGAAAUAAAAGUCCCGUUGAUUUGAAAGACAUACCGCUUCCCAACGCAGACAACACUGACUUCGAUAAGAGGAAUAAUGAAAGACACGAACGAAUGCAUGACUCGGAGCCCAGAAGUGAUUUAAAACGAAAGAGAAGUGAUUCGAGAGAACGAAUAGAUUCGCACAAAAAUGCG